UAUAAAAUGUCAUUUGUAAUCAUUGUAAAAAAAAAAAAGUUUUUACUAAUGGAUAAUAAUUUUACUUGUUUCUUUUAUGGAACACUUGUUUUUCCACAAAUAUUGAAACAAGUUUUAAAUGAUGGUCGAAAAAAUACAGAACCACCAAUUAAUGUAGAACAAAUUCCUGCGACAUUAAAGGGAUAUAAACGACGCAAAGUAAUUGGAACAGAUUAUCCCGCAAUUUUAAAAGGAGAUGAUUUAAAAGAUGAAACAAGAGGUGUGUUAAUUAGAGGCUUGUCAUCACAAGACAUAAGAAGAUUAGACAACUUCGAGAGUCACCAAUACGAAAGGAAAAAAAUAAAGGUAUAUAUUGAAAAUGAAGGGACACCUAUAGAAGCUAUUACUUAUGUUUGGAAAGAUUCCCCUGAUUUGCUGGAUGAAAAAGAUUGGAAUUCUGAAGAAUUUGAAUGGAGUAAAUUUUCAGACUAUUAAUUACUAUUUAUUAUUUAAGAAUAUGGUUAAUACCCUUUUAUGUCUAUAAAUUAAUUCAAUGUUUCACAGAUACUAAAAAAGUUUGUGUAAAUUAUAUUCAAACGCUAGUUAUUUCGUGAAU